AUGUAUUUGGAGGUGAGCACCGACCAACGAAAUACACAGCGGCUUCACAUGAUACAGAAAUCCGGCUUUCAAACGUUUGCUGCUCGAAUUAACCAGCGAGUCCAAAAAUAUGAUUUUGGACUGACGGUGUUUCCAGACAGACUUACAGUCUCUUCCGUCCGCUCUGAGAUGACUCCAUUGUUUAUCUACAGUUUCACAAUCAGUGGGUCAUUUGGAAUUGAUGCUGAGAAGUUCGCAGUCAUUCAAAAGGUGCUCGCUAUUGUGGCUGAGGAAGGGCAGACAGUCCUCCUCCCCUGUGACUACACAGCCAACAUCUCCAAGCCGAUAGGCUCUUAUAGCUGGUACAAAGGCGCGAGGAAUGGAACAGAAGUUUCCAACAGAACAGCUGUGUACAGAGGACGGGUCUACAGGACCAGCAUGGAUUUUGCUAGUACCGGAGAUGCCUCCAUUUUCAUCAAGGAUGUGGGAGUGAACGAUUCAGGGGUGUAUUACUGUGAAGUGGUGAUGUUUCAACUGGGUGUGGAAUAUGGAGCAGGAACUCAACUCACCGUGAGAAGAAUUGACGCUGAGAAGUUUGUAGUCAUUCAAAAGGUGCUCGCUAUUGUGGCUGAGGAAGGGCAGACAGUCCUCCUCUCCUGUGACUACACAGCCAACAUCUCCAAGCCAAUAGGCUCUUAUAGCUGGUACAAAGGCGCGAGGAAUGGAACAGAAGUUUCCAACAGAACAGCGGUGUACAGAGGACGGGUCUACAGGGCCAGCAUGGAUUUUGCUAGUACCGGAGAUGCCUCCAUUUUCAUCAAGGACGUGGGAGUGAACGAUUCAGGGGUGUAUUACUGUGAAGUGGUGAUGCUUCAACUGGGUGUGGAAUAUGGAGCAGGAACUCAACUCACCGUGAGAAGCUCAGUGCUGGUUGAACUGAACGCAGCAAUAACUGCAAACGCCAAGCUGCAUAUUGUCAGAGGAGUGAUUAUUAUCAUCUUGAUCAUCGCCAUUUUCUUCUGGAGAAUCAGAGUUAUCUUGUGGAAAUUCUGGACCAUUGAGCGAUCAAGAAGGAGUAACAUACCCUGGGCCACUAUGUUCCGAGUGAAGGUCGAACAGGAUAGCUUCAAUCUUAAUGAUGUUGAGAUGCACAGGGUUCGGGGCUAUUCAGAACUUAAUGCCCAGUAG